UGUUUGUCUCGAGUGGGUCUGGGCAAAACAUUUGAUGGUCCGAGCCCCCGUCGAAGGGCCGGUCGCCCGGCCUGAUGGAGCUUCACAAGGCUCCCGAUCAGCCCUUCGCAGUGCCUGUGACUCGCCGAUCUCCUGAGUGGGGUUGGCUGGAGUACUUGCUGCAUGCCAGCUGCAGCACUUAUAGAAUACGACUACGCUCAGCAUGGUCUGUAGCAAACAAGCGGCUGAGCAUGGAGUUCGACUCUCGUUGCAAGGGGCUUUUGCAGCUUCAUGCGUGGCUGCCUGUUGCUGAAAUCCCUUUUGGGCAGACGGUGGAGGACAUUUGCAGAAACGGCUUCAAAGCUGGGCAUGCGGGAGUCUCCUUCCAUGUUGGCAACCUGCAGCUCCCCAGUUUGUACAAUGAUGGUCGCGAUCGGGGCGGAAAUGAUCGAGGGCACAAUGUGAAGACACGUGGAAGGUCACUUCCUGCUGGGCGACGAUUAUAUGAGUUCCUACUUUGCCGCAUUGGUGCAGGCCGCUCAUACUUGAUCGAUGCCCCGUCCCAUGCAGAAACCUUGGCACUUCCUCCAGAGUACGACAGCUUUUUUGUUCGCCACAGCCCUGCUAACGAGCAAGUUGUCAAUGAAGAGUUCCCUGGAGUGCUACCUCGACAUGUUCUGCACCACGAGUACAUGGUGAGGGACCCUGCGCAGGCGCUUCCUGUCUACUUGGUGCACUUUGAGUUUGACCCUGAGAUGCCUGAGCUGCUGAACCUUCCGCUUUGCGACAGCUGUGGGCUGCAAGCUGCACUCGUCUUCUGCGAGGCGGAUGAUGCCAUAUUGUGCAGGCCAUGCGAUAGCCGGAUCCACUCAGCGAACAAGUUAGCCUCCAGACAUAUCCGAGUGGAUAUAAACCGACGCCCCAAUGCUCCCUUGGGGAAUUGUUUGGAUCACAAUGGCUCGGAAGCUGACAUGUACUGCACGGAAUGCAAAAUGCCUGUAUGCCAGCACUGCCGCAAGCUGGGAAACCAUAGUGCAGGAGAGGCCAAAAAGCACCGCCUCAUCAGCUUGAGGGAGGCAUACCAACAUGCCCUGAAGGCAAGCUCUGCCACUGCCCACGGCAUCCUGUCAGAGAGACAGCGGGUGGAGUCGCAGCAGGUGGCCGACUUGGACAAGAAAUUGGUUGCGGUGCAAGAAUCUACACAGGCUCUGGAGGAUGGCAUCUAUGACCAAGUGCAGUUGGCAGUGAAGCAAGGCCAAGCCCUGGCAGAAGAACAAGCGUCGCUUUUCAUGGCCGAUGAGUUGGAAGCGAAACGCCAGCUGGACCAGGCAAGCUGGAUGGAUUCGUUCCUGGAUGAUCAUGUGAAGAACCUGCCGCCACCUGAUUUCAUGAAUGCCUGGUUACUCCAUGCCAAGGUUCGAGAGGAUGUGAGCCAGCUAGGCCGCCUGACACAAGCUCGUGGCAGUGCCAUGCUGCGACUAGAAGGAGGCCUUCGUCUUGUGGCUGAUGAUGCCAAGGCCCUCCAGCCAGUGACCAGACCAGGACUGGGAGAUGGCAUGACAGCUGCAGCCCGCCCUCAAGGUGGCACACCAAGAGCACGGUUUGUGCUUGAUGGCUAGUGGCCAAGGCGGCCUGUACCAUAGAUAGCUGCUUCAGUUCAAGGCCACUUGCCCAAGGCAAGAUGCACCACUUAGACUUAGAGAAGCCAACGAAGUGGCGAGCCAGCAAAAGUGCGGCGGGUGUUGUCCUUGUUGAAUCGCGC